AUGAAGGCGACGCACUGUAGCUGCUGCCUCAGCCACCUGCUCGCCUCCGCCCUCCUGCUGUUGCUACUGCUGCCUGAGUUGAGAGGGCCCUUGGAGGUACUGCUGCAGGCGGCCGAGGCCGUGCCGGAUCCCAUGCCUCCGGACCGUGGGCCGCGAACCCUGCCACCUCUGCCGUCUGGACCCACAGCUGCCCGAUCCCCGGGCCGCGCUCCGGCCGAAGCCGAGGGACCACGGGGCGCCGAGGGCAUCAAUAGCAGCACUCCCAGUGCGAGGCUUGCAGCCGAAGACCCAGGCGGGAAAGCGGGGGAAGAAGGCCCAGUGGGUGGCGUCCUCGCUGUGAGCCCCAGCCCCGGCGACAAGCCCAUGACCCAACGAGCCCUGACCGUGUUGAUGGUGGUGAGUGGCGCGGUGCUGGUGUACUUCGUCGUCAGAACGGUCAGGAUGAGAAGAAGAAACCGAAAGACUAGGAGAUACGGAGUUUUGGACACUAACAUAGAAAACAUGGAAUUGACACCUUUAGAACAAGAUGAUGAAGAUGAUGAUAACACAUUGUUUGAUGUCAAUCAUCCUCGAAGGUAA